AUGGAGGACUUAGAUGCAGACAAGCUGGAGCACCUAUCAGCGCUUGUGUACGGCGUAGUUGGGGCACCCGGUGCACCCUGCAGCGUGCCAGCGCCAGUCACAUGCCGGUUGCUGCUGCGGUGUAUGCUGCCGGCCUUCACGCCAGCAGAUCAGCUCAACACGGCAGAUUCAGACGGCGUGCUGGUCGCUCUCGGCAGCAUCGCCAGCCUGGCGGGCGGCUGCGCUGGCGAAUUCCCCGCUGCCGUUGACCUCGCACGCAUCACGCCGCCCGCGCCGCUGCUCGCUGCCGCCGCUGCGCUGCACCUGGCGCGAGGCGUCGCGGCCGCGGUGCGCCAGGAGGGCGCGGCGCCAGAGGUUGGGCGCGUGCAGGAGGUGCUUGAGGGGCUGCUGCAGGACAGCCAGCUGGAGGCGAUUCUGCCAGACACAGACCUGCGCGACAGGGCCGCCGAGGUGGUCGCCGAGCUGGGCGCCUGUGCGGGCGGCGGGCUGGCGCCCGGGGACGUGGAGGCGCUGACGGCCCGCGUGGAGGCCCUGUUCGACGCGGCGGCGCUGCAGGCCGACCUUGAAGCCUAUGCAAACGCGGCCUGGCAGGAGCUGGGGCCGACAUACCUGCAGGCGCACGCCCGGGAGGUCCUCAGCGGCGGCGAGCAGCCGCCCGCGCCUGGCCACGCGACCUACGGCAAGCCGGCGGACGUCUUCAUGUCAGAGCCCUCGCCGCCCCUGCGGCGGGACGAGGGCCCCGGUGCAGACGGCGGCACGGGGCCAGCGCCGACGUCGGACGGCGCGCCGCUGCCGUUUGGCGGCGGCGAUCCCGAGGUGUUGGACGGGACCGCGGCGGCGGCGGCCGCGGCGCCGCCGCCAGCUGAGGCCUUGUCGCCGCACGGCGGCGGCGGCGGCGGCGCGGGCGCGCGGCGCGGCGCCAUCACGGGCGCGGGCGGCGGCGCGCGAGGGCGCGAGAUGCGCUGGGACAGCCCGAGUCCCGCGCCUCAGCGGGCGCCGGCCGGCCCAGCGGUGGUGGCCCUGCCAGGAGGCAACACGGUGGCCAUCAACACCAGCCCGGCCCUCAAGCGCCGCAAGGUGUGCCGCUGGACCCCCGACGAGACCGACGCCCUCGUCAACCUCACUUACGCGCACGGCCCCGGUAACUGGAGAACGAUCCUGGAUGCGGCCGGCGACCGGCUCAGGAGCCGCACGCAGGCGCGUUGCGGCUGGCGCGUCGACCUGAAGGACAAAUGGCGGAACCUGGAGAACGCAGGCAAGGUGCUGCGCGACAGGCGGGAGCAGCGGGAGGCCGCGCGCGCCAACGGCUACCUGCCGGCCGAGCCGGCCGCGCCCGGCGCCGGACGCGCGAAGGGCCGCGGCGGCCGCCGCAGCGGCGGCGGCCGCUCUGGGGUGGAGGUGGAGGAGGGGAUCGAGGACUCGGAUGAUGACUGGGACGACGGGCC